UCAUAUAAGAAUUAACUUGUGGUUUAUUAUUUGACAUGUAAAAUCAUAGUAACACAAUUGUAAAUAACUUACAGAAUGGAUGGGGUUCGAAUCCAUGACGAGCCAGUCCUAAAACUAACAGACCAGUGUGUUAACCACUGUACCAUGCCGGACGAAUAAGAUUCAUCCAGCUAGGGAUAUUUCACUACCCUAGGAAGGUUAGCAUGGCCUGCACUCUGACCACAUUGCAGGUUUUACGACUGGCUCACCGUGGGAUCGAAACGUAUCCGUUCUAGGAAAGGAAGCCAUGUCAAGACAAUCCCUCCAUAUCGUCCCGUCCCAUUGGAGGCUGGAGCUUCAGAUGAUGAUAAGGAGUCCAGAGAUCCUAAGCUAAAAAGACGAACUGGACGCCCACCGGGUGUAAAGCCAUCUGGAAAACUCGGUGAAAUCAUUGUAUCGGGAGGCAGUAAUGCUAGUUCCAGUGGGGCGGUGGAGCAACACGACAGAGGACUUGUAGAAGAGGACAAUACUGGUGUAACCCCUGGAAGUUCUGGCAUAUCUCUGGGAGGCAGUGCUAAUUUAUCAAUAAUCCCAAAUAAAGCUGAAAGAGCAGCUAAAAUAUCAGAACCUAGUCUUGCUAAUAGUGCUUCCUUGUCCAUUGCUGUGACCAAGGUUACAGUUCCCAUAACAGUCAGUGUAUUUUCAUCAAAUUCAUCUUCAAUUGCUCCUCCACCUCCUACUUCGUCUCAUUAACACCAUCUUUUCCAACCUCAUUAUCAUCAGUGUCAACAUCAUUUUCACUCUCGGCACCCUCUUCAUCCACCUCUACAACGACUUUAUCAUCGUCAUCAUCAACAACAACAUUAUCAACCACUGUUUCCAGCUUGUCAUCACCACUAAUAGCAUCUGUGCCAUCUUCAAUAUUAGCUACAACCCCCUCUUUACCUCGUCCCAAAUUAGAAUCUCAUCCUCAUCCUCCAAACACUACACUCGAAAAUCCCAACCAGAUAAUCUUGCCCCUCAACCAGUCACAUAAUCAGUUACACAUGCCGUUACCUGCUGAUGCUGACAAAGACAAACAGCAGGAACGAAACCGCAAGCUGCGACGAAAUGGGCCACGAACUCCAAGUGGAAAUAGUAACUUUGGUGACACAGAAUCCAAUGUUUCAAAUGAUGAGGCCCAGUCUAGUGAUUUAGUAUUGAAUAUAUGUGAAGAAAAGAAUCUUAGUGUUGAAAAAGAAUCAAAUAAAGUGCCAAGUAAACCUUUGGACUCCUCAGAUGAUGGUGCAAGCUUAAAUGUGCAGUUUACACCAAAUAUGUCUACCUUAACUUCUAAACCUGUUUCUGAUCCCUUCAUACCAACUAUGGCUGACUUUGCUACAAGUGAACCAGCUAAGAGAGGGAGGUAAGUUCUAUUUUUUAGACAAUGAAGCAUUGUUUUUGUUAACCAUUUAAACCUUUAAAAUAAUGGAUCUUAUAUUUUGUCUUUUAAAUUUAAAUAUCCCUUCCUAAAUUCAACAAUUUCCAGGAACAUGGUCAUGUGCUCUGCUUUUAUGCAGUUUGAGGAAGAGACCUUG